UGCCGGGGAAACGGGAGUUUUGGGGUUGUGCGGGAUUGUGCCGGCGGAGUAAGAGCUCCCGCCAUUUCUCUCAGCCAGGAAUUAACCUCUUGUGUGUUGCUGUGUACUUUUUACAACCGUGUACUUUACUUGUUGCAUUCGUAACUUUGAACUGCAAGAAUAGCGAAAGAGAAAAUUCAGUCUGUUAAAAGAGGCCUAGCCAGUUAAGAAGACCGGGGAGUAGAGAACGCGCCAGACCCCCUGACGGGAGCCUGUGCUUUGCCGCGAGUUCGUGAAUCCUGCGAGGCGCGCAUCUCCAUCCUUUUUUCGGACCAGCAGAAGUUUACUCCAGAUAAUCAUAGUAGUGUAAUUUUAUCAGGCAUCUUAUUUUGUACGUGAUGCAUAAACAUGGCAUAACCAGCGGCGAACAGAACUUUGAUGCGAUGUAGCUGAUAGCAAGAAGUGCUGUGUUAUUGUUUUGCAGCGAGGAAUUAUCUGGCUAGCAAAAAACUACCCUGCUAGCUAGCUAGUUUGAUGCUACACGUUGUGCUCGCCGGUAACGUGGACAGUCCUCGGUGACAUUUGUUGUGUACUUGGAUACAUGCUAAGGCUAUAUUAUCUUAUUUUGAGUAGUUCUGUGCUAGGAGACUUAUUUCUAAAGUCGACGUUACUGACGUUUUGGACUUACGAUGGCACCGCUUUUGGGCCGGAAACCCUACCCGCUGGUUAAGCCGCUAGCCGAGCCGCCAGGCCCAGCGGAGGAGGUCUACAUCAUCGAACACACCAAGGAGGCCUUCAGGAACAAAGAAGAGUACGAAGCCAGGCUGCAAAGGUACAGCGAGCGCAUCUGGACCUGCAAGAGCACUGGCAGCGCCCAGCUCACUCACAAAGAGGCCUGGGAGGAGGAGCAAGAAGUCACAGAACUCCUCCAGGAGGAGUAUCCCCUGUGGUUCGAGAGGCCUGUUCUGGAGAUGGUCCACCACAACACUGUGUCUUUGGAUAAGCUAGUGGACCAGGCCUGGGUGGAGAUCCUCACCAAGUACGCUGUGGAUGAAGAGUGUGACUUCCUGCUGGGGAAAGAUAAAAGUCUGCGUGUGAAGAUAGUGAAGAUCCACCCUCUGGAGAACCCCGAGGGCGAGGCAGCAGAGAAGAAGCUAGAGGGAGCCUGCGAUUCUCCCUCCAGUGACAAAGAGAAUGCCAGCCAGGAGAACCAGAAGAAGGAGCUGCUGCCCCGGGAGGAGGAGAGCAGCCGGAGAGAGAGUCUCAGUGACCGGGCACGUAGAUCUCCCAGGAAACUGCCCACCAGUGUAAAAGAGGAGAAAAAGAGAUGGGUUAUGCCCAAAUUCCUUCCACACAAGUAUGAUGUAAAGCUCAUCAACGAGGAUAAGGUCAUCAGUGACGUUCCUGUGGACAGCCUCUUCCGGAGCGAACGUCCCCCGACCAAGGAGAUCAUGCGUUACUUCAUCAGACACUAUGCACUGAGGCUGGGGACAGGGGAGAGCGCCCCCUGGGUGGUGGAGGACGAACUGGUGAAGAAGUUCAAUCUGCCCAGCAAAUUCAGUGACUUCCUGCUGGAUCCAUACAAGUUCUUGGCUGAGAAUUCUACCACCAAACGCAAGAGCUUGACCUCACCCGAAGGAAAACCCAGCAAAAAACUCAAGACUUCAGAGUCCAGUGAAGAUCAAAACGAAAAGAGCGAGAAGAAGAAAAAGAAGAAGGACUCUGUGAACAUGCCGCUGAGCCCCACACUCUGGGGCCACAUGCAGAAAAUGAAUGGCUCCCCUCUGAAAGUCAAAAAUGGAACCCCGAAGAAAGCAGAAGGUAAAGGAUCCGCCACUCCAAAGUCAGGCAAGAAGCCCGGAAACAAGAAGAGCAGCAGGAGCAGGAGCAACCUCAAAACCGAUAAAGGUGGAUCCAAGAAACCCAAGAUGAAGCAAAUGACCCUGCUGGACUUGGCCAAGAACGCUCCUGCCGGCAGCCCCAAAAAAAGAGCCCGCAGCUCUGGACCCGGGACGCCCAAGUUGGGCAAGCCCCUGCCCCCCAUGGCCCUGCACCUCCUGCGCUACUACAAGGAGAACAAGGGCAAAGAGGACAAGAAGAAUGCCCUGUCCUCCCUCAUCUCCAAGGCAGCCAAGGCCCUGUCUCCGGACGACCGCAACCGCCUCCCCGAGGAGCUGAAGGACCUGGUGCUGAAACGCUGGGAGCUGCUGGAGCAAAAGCGGCUCUGGGCUGCCAUGAGCGAGGAGGAGAAGCAGGACGUGAUGCGCAAGAAGCGCGAGGAGAUCAAGGAGAAGCUGAGGGAGAAGGCCAGGGAGCGCCGCGAGAAGGAGAUGCUGGUGCGCCGCGAGCAGCAGCGCCGCUACGAGGACCAAGAGAUCAAGGGCAAGAGCCUGCCCACCUUCAAGUUGGUGGACAUGCCCGAGGGACUGCCCAACGCCUUGUUUGGAGACGUCGCCAUGGUGGCCGACUUCCUCAACUGCUACGCGGGCCUGUUGAUGCCGGACGACCAGUAUCCCAUCACGGCCGUGGCGCUGAUGGAAGCCCUGGCUGGAGAGAAGGCGGGUUUCCACUACCUGAACCGGGUGCUGGUGGUGCUGCUCCAGACCCUGCUCCAGGACGAGCUGGCCGAGGGCUACAGCGAGCUGGACAUGGCCCUGUCGGAGAUCCCCCUCACCAUGCACUCCGUGUCCGAGCUGGUGCGCCUGUGCCUGCGGCCGUGCGACGCCCACGGCGAGCACAGCGGCCAGGGCUCGGACGACUGGGCCCUGGGAGGCUUCGACGACGUGGUGACCAGCGAGUUCCUGGAGCGCCUGGAGACGGUGGAGGUGUUUGAGCUGACCCCGCAGGACAAGACCAGCCUGCUGGUGGCGCUGUGCCACCGCAUCCUCAUGACCUACUCCGUGGAGGACCACGUGGAAGCCAUGCACCAGCGCUCAGCCGAGCUCUGGAAGGAGCGCCUCGCCUCGCUCAAGGAGGUCAACGACCGCAAGAGGGCGGAGAAGCUGCGGCGCAAGGAGCAGAUGGAGGUCAAGGGGGACGGGCCCACGGCCACAGCCAAGCCCGAGAAGGAGGGGAAGGUGGAGGUGAAGAAGGAGGGGAAGGUGGAGCUGAAGAAGGAGGGGAAGGUGGAGGUGAAGAAGGAGGGGAAGGUGGAGGUGAAGAAGGAGGGGAAGGUGGAGGUGAAGAAGGAGGGGAAGGCUGAGCCGGACCAGGAUGACAUGAUCAGCUCGGUGAAGAGCAGGAGGCUGAUGUCCAUCCAGGCCAAGAAGGACAAGGAGGAGCAGGACAGGCAGAACAAGGAGCGCAUGGAGAAGGAGGCAGAGGAGGAGCGCGUCCGCAAGCAGAAGGUCUCCGCCGAGAGGGCCUUCCAGGACGGCAUCCUCAAGGCUAAGCUGGUCUUCAGGAGAAUCCCCCUGGGAACGGACCGCAACCACAACAGGUACUGGCUGUUCUCCGACGUGGUGCCUGGCCUGUACAUUGAGAAGGGCUGGGUGCAUGAGAGCAUCACCUACAGCUACACCCCCCCUGCUGAAGAGACCAGCGGCGAGGAAGAGGAGGAGGAAGAGGAGGAAGAGGCAGGUGGAGACAAGGAGGAGGAAGAGGAGGAGGAGGAGGAAGACAGCAUCGAUGGUGCUGAGGCGGCCCAGUCUGGAGCGCUGGCUGACGUGUGCAGAGAGACCACGGUCCCCAAACAGGGACAGAACCUCUGGUUUGUGUGCGACACGCCCACAGAACUAGAGGAGCUGGUGGAGAACCUCCAUCCUCAGGGAGUCCGAGAGAGUGACCUGAAGAGUAAGCUGCAAGUUAGGUACCAGGAUGUCCUCCACUCUAUCUACCUGACCCGCAAGAACCGGAUAGGCCUCCGGAGCUGUGACGGCCACCAGGAGCUCCUCAAGUACCUCCGCAGUGACAUCAUGGAGGUGGCCUCGCGUCUGCACAAGGGGGGCCUAGGCUACCUGGAGGACAACAUUCUCUUCGAAAACAAGUUGCGAAACAUGGAGAAGCUGAAGGAGUUUGGAGAGUGCAUCAUCACCGUCCAAGACUGCGUGAUCAAGAAGUUCCUCCAGGGCUUCAUGGCUCCCAAGCAGAAGAAGAGGCGGAAGCAGGCGGGCGGGGAGGAGAGCAGCAAGGCCGAGGAGGUGGACGAAGACAAGAAGCUGGCGGAGGAGGCCAGGGUGGCGACGGCGGUGGAGAAAUGGAAGACAGCCAUCCGCGAGGCCCAAACCUUCUCCCGGAUGCAUGUGCUUCUGGGCAUGCUGGACUCGUGCAUCAAGUGGGACAUGUCGGCGGAGAACGCUCGGUGCAAGGUGUGCAGGAAGAAAGAGGAUGACAAGCUGAUUCUAUGUGACGAGUGUAACAAGGCCUUCCACCUGUACUGCCUGCGUCCCGUGCUGCACCGGAUCCCUGCUGGGGAGUGGCUGUGCCCUGCCUGCCAGCCCACGGUGGCACGCCGCUACUCCCGCGCCAGGAACUACAAUGAGGAUACGGAGGAAGAGGAGGACAGGGAGUCUGAGGAGGAGUCGGAGGAAGAGGAGGACGAUGAAGAGGAGGACAACGAUUACAAAGCCAUGGGGCACAGCUUAAGACCACGGAAGAAGAAGAACAAACAGCUGUCGUCGCGCUCCAAAGGGUCCAGUAAGCACAAGUCUAAGAAACACUCUCCCCCUAGUGGUCGGGGCAGCAAACAGCGGGCCCGGCCCAGCAGCCCUGCUGACAUAGAUGAGCUGGUACGACAGAGCACCAGGACAGGAGUGAGCCGGCAGGUUCUGGAACUGGAGCGCUGUGAGGAGAUCCUUCAGAAAAUGGUCAAGUUCCGCUACAGCUGGCCCUUCAGAGAGCCCGUGUCCGCUGACGAGGCGGAAGACUACCUGGACAUCAUCUCCAGCCCCAUGGACUUCCAGACCAUGCUGGCCAAGUUCUCCAAGGGCCAGUACCGCCACGCGCAGGACUUCCUGGAGGACAUCAAGCUGGUGUUCUCCAACGCCGAGGAGUACAACCAGACCGGCAGCUCGGUGCUCUCCUGCAUGACCAAGACGGAGCAGGCCUUCAGCGAGCUGCUGCACAAGCUGCUGCCCGGCCUCAGCUACCUGCGCCGGCGCCAGCGCAAACGCCUCAGUCGCACCCCGGCCCACUCAGAGGACCGCAGCGAGGAGGAGGAGGAGGAGGAGGAAGAGGAGGAGGAGGAGGAGGAGGAGGAGGAGCAGCAGCAGCAGCAGCAGCAGAAGGGGAGGAAAAGGCAGAACGGCAAGGUGGGCCGGCCCAGGAGAGUGGUGGUGGAGCAGGCGAGGAAAACCAAGCGUGGCAGACGACAGCUGCAGGAGGAGGAGGAGAGCGAGAGCGAAGGGCACGCUGCCGUGAGGAGGAAGACCAAGCGUGGCAGACGACAGGAGGAGGAGGAGGAGGAGGAGGAGGAGAGCGAGAGCGAGAGCGAAGGGCAGGCUGCCGUGAGGAGGAAGACCAAGCGUGGCAGACGACAGCAGCAGGAGGAGGAGGAGAGCGAGAGCGAAGGGCAGGCUGCCGUGAGGAGGAAGACCAAGCGUGGCAGACGACAGGAGCAGGAGGAGGAGGAGAGCGAGAGCGAAGGGCACGCUGCCGUGAGGAGGAAGACCAAGCGUGGCAGACGACAGGAGCAGGAGGAGGAGGAGAGCGAGAGCGAGAGCGAAGGGCAGGCUGCCGUGAGGAGGAAGACCAAGCGUGGCAGACGACAGCAGCAGGAGGAGGAGGAGGAGGAGAGCGAGAGCGAAGGGCAGGCUGCCGUGAGGAGGAAGACCAAGCGUGGCAGACGACAGCAGCAGCAGGAAGAGGAGGAGGAGGAGAGCGAGAGCGAAGGGACCGCUGCCGUGAUUCGGAAGAGCAAGCGGGCGGCCGUGAGCACCAGCAGGAGAAACUACCAGGAGCAGGAGAGUGACAGCGAGCGCGACAGGAGAACUCGCCGGCGGGGGGGCCAGGGGGGCGGCGGGGCUGGCAGCAGUGACGAGGACAGGCCCAGCCAGCGACAUUCCAAGAGGAGGAAACGCUCCUCGUGAAGUCCAGGGGGGCUUCGGUGGCUCUUGAAUUCUUCUGGCCCUUCUAAAAGGACUCCCACAGAAAUGGGACUCCGCUCUCAGAUGGAGUUUUCCUUUUUUUCCUUUUUUGGUGUUCAGAUUUAUGUUCAUAUUUUGAAAUUGAUAGAAAACUGAUUUAUAUUUGUAACGCAAUUUAAUAUUGGUGAUUUUUUUCAACCGGGAAAACAACAAAUUGACAUGUGAUGUUGAGGGUUUGUGACACCCCUUUAAGAGUCUUUAAUUUGACCUGAUCCCCAUUCCUGCCUUCUCUUGCCCUGGUAAUCCUCCCAAGAACAGCAGCAUCUGCCUCCAAGAAGCAGGAUGGACACUUGGGCCAUGGGGAAGGGGCUUCAUGUGCGUUGCCCACAUGAUCCCAAGACACUGACCAUCUCAUGUUUCUUAAGAUAUGUCACCCACUUGUGCUAAGCAAUCCCCACUGGUAUAGAUUGAUGACUUUUUAAACACGUUCAGUUCAGUUCCUCCUUUUUCAGUGCAGAGUCCUGCCCAGGUUUCAGCCACGUGGUUUGCAGGAAUGGUCAUGCUCCCCAGGUUACCACAGUUGUAAAAUGUUGUGACCUCUCACCUCUACCAAUCCUCCAGGCUAAGGUGAGGCCCCUUCCUCCUCCACAGACCUGUCGGCUCCAGAGACAGUGUCGGGGCCAGGUGACUGAUGGUAUACAGUGUAUUUGUAUGCUAGAAGCGCAAAUCUGCAUGGGAACAUAUGUAGACAAAUGCAUUCACAUAUGAAAAUAUUAGUUUUUUAAAUUCCCCCACCCACCCACUUACAUUCUGCUAAAUAUCAUUGGAAAGUAGUAUAUGAAAUACCUCCUAGAUGCAUCCCAUAGUCCAGUCAGGCUCCAGGAUUUUAUCAUUAGUAUCCUAUGGCCACCAGGUGGUGCUGUUCAGUUGCACAGAGAACUGCUGCUUUAACAUGCCGAGCGAUCAAUCCCACAGUGUCAGUGUGGUGCAGACUGGUUGGAGACUGUGAAACCCCUCCCUCCUGCUGCACGAAGCCUGCCUCCAUCCACCCCCUGGACAGAUGGACCCCUUCAGUAGGGUGCUGUAGGUACUGGCGAGGUCAUGACAUACAGAGCUCUUGGUUUUCACGUUGGAACGUUGCACCCUUAUAUGCAGUGUUCCAACAUGGAUUAGCAUCGUCCCCUUGCUCUAUUAGGAUCAUUUGGCCAGUUAUAUGAAUGCUUUUAUUUCUUUUUGUUCGUUUUGUUACUGUUUUAGAUCACACUUGUGUAAAUGAUUGGGGAAUCAUUACUGACUGUUAUAUCACCUCGAUAAAUCCUAUUUUGAUCCGACUGAUCUGUUAAUCCAAUCUACAACAUGCAAAAGUGACUGCCCUCUCGACAGUUCCUGACUGUAAAUGCUUUCUUUAUUUCUGCAGGAACAACCAAGUCUUUUACACUUACCUGUUUAUAUUUAUAGUCUGAGCUGGGGUUGGAAUUGGGCAGAGUUUGGGCCUCCUGUGUAAAGAACUUCCAAUAAAGAUUAUGAACACGAAGCGUAGCUCUUUCGUGUUUGUACUUGUAGUUUCCCCAGUCAUCACUGCCAAUCGCCAACUGGCCACAGGGUGCAGGUUACCACGAGAAAGGAGGCUGAUGUGUUUUCUUUACUUUUUAAUAAAACUUGAUUGUCCUGUU